UCCGGCGGCAUGAAUCGUGGGUACGGUAAUAGACGCGGUCGGAGAGAAGGGGGUCGGCGGUUCGGAGAUGGAGAAUCCAAGUGGGAUGGAGGGGCUGGAUCCAGUGGGGGUGCAGGAUACCCGAGGAGCUCCGACUGGGACUCAAGGGAAGAGCAAGGACAUGGAAGGGGACGAAGAGGAGGAGGAGGAGGAGGAGGAGGAGGAAGAGGCAGAGGCAAACAUCCACCCCAUUUAAAGGGUCGAGAAAUUGGACUGUGGUAUGCCAAAUGGGGCGGCAUUAAAAGAUCUGAGGCAGAGAGGAAAUCUAGGGCAGUUGUUCAGAUGGAUGAAUCACGAGAGCAGCACAUUACUCAGUUGCUGAAUUCUGUCCAAAGAGAUCCGGGCAGAGACGGCCAUCCCUCCACAUCUCAGAGCUGGAGGGUGAAGGAGGAGCCCAGUGGCCACAGUUACUUUGACGGAGAUGAUCCUCCGGAACUGCAGAACAUUGUGAAAGUGCCAAAAAUUGAGCCUAAAGAGCAGAAACGGGAGGAUGAGCUGGGAGCAAAUGUGAAAGAGGAGCUUAAUGACGCUGACCUGGAAUACUUAUUCCAGGAUGUUGUGCGGACAGCCUCCCUGGAUGAGGAGCUCAAGAAAGAUCAGGAGAAGAAAAAAGAUAACGCUAGAUACAUUGAUAUGCUGAAUUUCAGAGAGAAGCUACCUUCUUAUGGGAUGAGAGAGGAGCUGGUUAAACUGAUCAGUGCUAACCAGGUACUGGUAGUCAGUGGAGAGACAGGCUGUGGUAAGACCACCCAGGUCACUCAGUUCAUCCUUGAUGACUUCAUCCAGAGGGGCAUGGGCUCUCUCUGCAGGGUGGUUUGCACGCAGCCACGGCGUAUCAGUGCCAUAUCGGUUGCAGAGAGAGUGGCUUCAGAAAGGGCAGAGCCGGUGGGGGAAGGGAAGUCCUGUGGGUAUCAGAUCCGUCUGCAGAGUCGGUUACCACGGAAACAAGGCUCGGUGUUGUAUUGUACGACGGGCAUUAUUCUUCAGUGGCUCCGCUCAGAUACAUACCUCUCUAGCGUAAGUCACCUGAUCUUGGAUGAAAUUCAUGAGAGGAGUCUUCAGUCUGAUGUUCUUCUCACCAUCGUGAAGGACCUGUUAAUUGCUCGAGAGGACCUAAAAGUAGUCCUCAUGAGUGCCACACUUAACGCUGAGAAAUUCAGCAAGUAUUUCAAUAAUUGUCCCAUGAUCCAUAUUCCUGGAUACACAUACCCAGUGAAAGAGUUUUUACUGGAGGAUGUGGUGGAAUUGCUUAGAUUCCAGCCAAAGCAACAGGACCGAAGACCUCGCUAUAAGAGAGGGUUUAUGCAUGGCCAGAAUGCACGGCCAGAGAAAGAGCAGAAAGAGGCAGAAUACCGCGAAAGCUGGCCCUGUUACGCCCAUACGCUCAGAGAUCGGUACUCAGACAGCACCAUUGACACGCUGGAGAUGAUGGAUGAUGAUGAGAAGAUCAAUCUGGAGCUCAUCGUAGGAUUGAUCCGACACAUCGUAAUGAGAGAGGAUGAUGGAGCAAUUCUAGUGUUUCUGCCUGGAUGGGACAACAUCAGCACCCUGAAUGAUUUGAUCAUGGCUGACCAGAUGUUUAAGUCAGAUCAGUUUAUCAUCAUCCCCCUCCACUCUUUGAUGCCCACAGUCUCUCAGACUCAGGUGUUCAAAAAGCCACCCCCGGGAGUGCGCAAGAUUGUGAUCGCUACCAACAUCGCAGAAACCAGUAUUACGAUAGAUGAUGUUGUGUAUGUGAUCGAUGGAGGGAAGAUUAAGGAAACUCAUUUUGACACCCAGAACAAUAUCAGGACCAUGACAGCGGAGUGGGUGAGCUUAGCCAACGCCAAACAGAGGAAGGGCCGUGCUGGCAGAGUGUCUCCAGGGAAAUGUUAUCACCUGUAUAAUGGACUGAGGGCCAGCCUCCUGGAUAACUACCAGUUACCUGAGAUCCAACGCACUCCACUUGAAGAGCUUUGCUUGCAAGUAAAGAUACUGAAGUUGGGCCCCAUUGCGUGUUUCCUGCGGAAAACUUUGGAUCCCCCAUCAGACAAAGCGAUAGAGCUGGCCAUCACACACCUGGUGGACCUGAACGCCCUGGACAGGAGUGAAGAGCUGACUCCAUUAGGAUUUCAUCUAGCCCGUAUGCCUGUAGAGCCUCACAUAGGAAAAAUGAUUCUGUUUGGGGCUCUUCUUGGCUGUUUGGAUCCUGUGCUUACCAUUGCGGCCAGCCUUAGCUUUAAAGAUCCCUUCUUCAUACCAUUGGGAAAGGAGAAGAUCGCGGACCACAGGAGAAAAAUGCUCUCCCAAAACUCUAGAAGUGAUCAUCUCACUAUUGUCAAUGCAUUUUGGGUAAGUCCUAGAGAGUUUAUUUUCAUUAAAAAGUCACUCUUAAUGGUUAGCUCCCAGCUGGUCCUGGCAUGCCACAUUCACAGCUAG